CACCGCUACAACCUGCUGUACCUCCCGUUGCCCGAUGUCGACCUCCCGCCUCGCUGUCCUCGGCCUCGUGUGGGCCACACUCGUGUCCACAAUCACCGGAGCCACGAUUGAAGGCCGCAUCUCGUACCCUGACAGCGUGCCGCCUCCAUCGGUCGACGGUGGAUUGCCUUCGCUCCAAGUCGUGCUGGAUGGUGGUGUGCGAUCCACGCUUUCAAGCCAGGAUGGUCGGUUCGCGUUCUACGAUGUGCCCACCGGACGCUACACCGUGGACAUUCACUCCCCUGUAUACAUCUUCAGCCAAUUUAAGGUCGACAUCAGCGCUGCUGGUGAUAUUCGCGUGCUCGAAUUCAAGUACCCAGGGACCCCCAAGCUCGCGGUGUCGCACCCAUUGGUUGUCGGCGCUCACGCGAAAAUUCAAUACUUCCAACCCCGCGAAAAGUUUAGCGUGAUGGAUCUCGUCAAAAACCCGUCGUUUCUAGCUCUCAUCGUGCCCCUCGUGAUGGUAUGGCUUCUGCCCAAAUUGACCGAGUCGAUGCUGGAUCCGGAAGAGUUUAAGCAAGCGCAAGAAGAGAUGGGGAAUGCAGCUGACCCGAGUACGCUCAUCAAGGGCUUCUUCGGCGGCGGCGGCGACGCCAACAACGAUGAAGAUAGCGACUAAACUCACCUUGUGUUCUCUACACAAACGUUAUUUGUAGUCGGCAUGCUAAAUAGGUGUUGCUGAGUGCCUAUCAAACUCCAGAGUUGGGACAGGGUGUAACGAAUAAAAUGCUGUUAUUUGUCUCACACGGAAUAUCCG